AUGAAAAAUAACAACUUCUCUUCGUUUCAUCUCAAAAAAAUAUUGACUCCCAUUUAAAAUAAGAAAAGUUAAGAUACAUUUUAUGAAAAUCAAAUAUAAUCCUUUGUACAUUUAAAGUCUUAUAUGCCAAUUAAUCCUUUAAGAUUACCUUAACGAAAAAAUAUAAAGACAGCUAAUUUGACAUAAAUUGAUGAUAUCAAAUGUAAAUGUUAAUAAAAUAAGAAUUAUUUAAGUAGAAAUAAUAAAUAAGAAAAACACUCUCGAAUGGUUCAACUUUGUAAACUUCUGAAUUACCUGAAUAUUUAGGAAUCUAAACAAUUGUAGAAGAAAAUGACGAAUAGGCAAAAUCAUAUUGUAAAUAACCAUCUCCAUCCUAUAAUCAUUAUCAUAAUCUUACAAAAUAAGUAAUGAAUUUAAUGAAAAAUGCUCAUUAAUAAUUAUCUCCAUCAAUUGGUAAAAAAAAAUUAGAAAUUAAUUUAAGAGAAACAAUAGAUUUUAAUCAAUUUAAAAGAUUGAUGAAAGCUAUUUAUUAACCAAAAAAAUCAAGCUAAGAAUUAUAGUUUAUUAAAAAAAGGACUUAUUCUGAAAAAAUUGUUUAAAAAUAAACUUAAUGA